AUCCCCGCCAACCCGCACCCUCACCCACCUCACCCACCACAUCUUGCCCACCAUGGCUGCCCAGGCUCAGCAGUUCCAGCAGAAGGCCGAGUACUUCGUCGCGCAGAUCGACAAGGAGCUGUCCAAGUACCCGCAGCUCGUCAAGCUCGAGCAGACGACCAACAUCCCCAAGGCCUACGGCGCCAUCGGUGCCUUCUCGCUCUUCACCAUCCUCGUCUUCUUCAACAUCUUCGCCGGCUUCCUGACGAACCUCAUCGGCUUCGUGCUGCCCGCCUACUUCUCCAUGCGCGCGCUCGAGACGCCGCAGCCGCAGGACGACGUCCAGUGGCUCACCUACUGGGUCGUCUUCGGCGCCUUCAACUUCGCCGAGUCGUUCGUCGACCUGAUCCUCUACGUGUUCCCCUUCUACUACACCUUCAAGACCCUCGCCAUCGUGUGGCUCAUGCUGCCGCAGACGCAGGGCGCCAAGAUCGUGUACCACCGCGCCCUCCGGCCGCUGUUCCACUCGUCGUCGCGCUCGGCCAGCCACACGACGCCCGUGGCGCCCACUGCCGCCGACAUCAACUAAGCGCCUGCUCGCUUGGCUGCUCGCGGCGCAGCAAGAGUGCGCGCAGCUCGGCCGCUCGGGCGCUGUCCCUCUGAGCCGGAGCAGCUCAGCUCUUACGGGCCAGGUGCUGGCGUGCUAGCCAUGCCGCCUCUGGCCUGGCCCUUCUCCUUCCGCUUCUCGCCUUGCCCACACGAACCUUUGACGAACCUGGCUUCCUCUGCGCGCCUCGCUCCUCCUCUCUUACCCCUCUCGCCCGCCCAUCCCAUAUCAUUCCAUCCGCCCCCCUCUUCCUCCCGAAAACGACAUACUUGCUGCGCUCCCACGAGUCGAAAUGAAGCCCCG